GCAUUGAUACCGAUAUCUGUGUUAAUAAAAUCAUAAAUUGUAUGUAAAAAAGUCAGGAGACAUUUAAUAAAUCUAAUUAAAAGAAUAUUGUGAAAAAAAUAAACAAAACAACAAGUAAUCAAUACAUUAAGUAUUAUUGUUGUUGUUAAAGUUACCCACAACACCAGCACUAGGAAGCAAAAACACAACAAAGAAAAUUAAUCUUCCGUAUUGACCAGCAAAAUAUAGUUGUUUCCCCACAUUACACACAAAAAAAGCAAGCAAAAACAGAUUAAAAAUGGCUACAAUGUCUCGAUUUGCCUUGAAUACGGCACCGCGUUUGUGUUUUAUCAAGUCAUCAACGAACACAUCUGCAUUUACUGCCUCUUUAUUAGGCCUACCAAACACUACAUUAUCAAAUACCACCACCAACACCAUCAUCUCUAGCAACCAUCAAAACACUUUUAAAAAAUCGAUAACAACUUUGAAAUCGGCUGCCGCCGUUACUGUAGGCUUCAAUGCUACUACUGCUCAAUUUCGUGGUUCUUCAGCUCCCCAUGGAGCAUCACGCUAUACUGGCACUUCAGCUGCUACUCCCAUGCUGCUUAUGGCCAAAUACAAGCCCUUGCAACAAAUGCGUAAUUUCUCAAGUUUAAAUAUGCCACUGCAGUCCCAGUGUUCUAAACUAGUUCAUCAAAACGCCAUGGCUCCCUUAAAGAAUCGUCGUUAUAUUUCUUCAAAAGAAAUAACUAAAAAUAUGACGUUAUACACAAAUGGUACAUUUAAAAGUGAAGUGGAUAGAAACACAUUAGAAUUCAAAAAACCAACUGGCAAUCCGUUGGUGUUAAUGAUGGCCUGGCUUAUGGCCAAACAGAAGCAUCUUAAGAAGUAUGCUGAGAUCUAUACAGAAUUAGGCUUUGAUGUUAUGGUGGUGCACAUUACACCCUGGCAAUUGUUGUGGCCCGUCAAGGGCACCCAAGUGGUGGCUGCCGAAACGUUAAAGUUCUUGGAAAACAACAAAUCAUAUGAGCCCAUAGUAUUGCAUGGCUUUUCAGUAGGUGCCUAUCAGUUUGGUGAAUUAAUGCUGCAGAUGUCCCGGGAUAUGGAUCGUUAUUCACACAUACUUAAUCGUAUUAUCUGUCAGAUAUGGGAUAGUGCUGCCGAUAUCACAGAGAUACCGGUGGGUGUGCCCAAAUCGAUAUUUCCCAAAAAUCUUAGUAUGCAAACUGCACUACGUAAUUAUACACUCUACCAUUUGAAAACAUUCCACAACCAGGCCACCGUACAUUAUAUGCGUUCGAGCCAAAUGUUCCAUUCAACUCUGUGCAAAAAACCUGCCCUUUUCUUUGUUUCCGACAAUGAUCUGAUCGGACCACCCGCCUCGAAUCAAGUUGUACGCGAAAAUUGGGAGAGAGCCGAUAUAAAAGUGACCUUUAAAUGUUGGAAACAUUCAUUACAUGCCGGCCAUUUGAUGAAACACCGUGAUGAAUAUUUAGAUAUAUUGUUCAAACAUUUGGAAGAAUGUGGUGUCUUAGAGGCCGUUGGUGUCAAGGAAAGAGCUAAAUUGUAAAUAAAUUCACUUUUUUAACAUUUUAAACAAGCAAGAAGUUAAAAAUUAUACAUACCUAUGAAUUUGUUUUUGUUUGAAAAUGAAAUUUAAUAAUUAUUUUGUGAUUUAAUUCGGAUUUUUAGUAAAUUGUUUAUUUUUUAUAUUUCUAUAUUCAUUGUGGUACUUUAAUUGGUUUUUUUAUAUAAAUUUGUUUAAUUGGUUCUCUUUGUUUUUUUGUAAAUUUAAGACAUGACAUUUUGAAGAAAAGAACACCGGAAUUAAAUGUUGAAAAAAAAGAAAUCAAAUAGUUUUUAAUAAUGCACCUACUCAUUAAUGUAUUACGAAAAUGUUUAAAAUAAAAACAGAAACUUAUUUUAAAAUAAGAAA